CGUUGCGCCCACAGCUACCAGUACCACCACUCUAUCCCGGCCCGUUCUACUUAGCUAGCGUCAGCCUUCUUCCUCGAGCUCAUCCACCAUGGGCGACUCCUCAUCAUCCUCGGCUUCCUACAUCAGAAUGGUGCACCAUCUGAUAGAGAAGUGCAUUUGCUUCAACCUGAACAAGGAGGGGUGCAUGGAGGCCCUGGAGAAGCAUGCCAAGAUCAACCCGGUCGUCACUUCUACUGUGUGGAAAGAGCUGGAGAAGGAAAACAAGGAGUUCUUCGAGUCCUACAACAAGGACCGGGUGGAGAGGAACAUCGAGGCGGAGACGAUGGAGCGGAUCCAGAAGAUGCUCACCGACGCGGCUGCCUCCAAAAGCUCAGACGAUGACGAGGGCUAGAAGGCUGCUGCUACUACUUAUCUCCAAGCUCAUGCGCAUGCAUCACCUCUAGCUAAUUAAUUGUAUGAACAUCAUGUCGUCCGUUAAUUGGAUCCGGUAUUAUGUCUAGGGGGGUCGAAUUUAUUAAUUGAACCUAGCUCAUAACAGACCACUAGCUUGAAACCAUGCAUGCAUGCAGUACGAUCGACUACAAGGACUGGCAAGCAAGCAUUUUAGUGUUUGUGUGGACGUGUACAUAUACAAAUCACUGCAUGGAAUAUUCAAGAGGACCCUACGUA